AAAGCUUCAAAAGUGAUUUUUAAGAAAUGAUAAAUUUUCUGUACAACAUCCCGUUUUUGGUUCUUGAACCACCGAAUUUAAAACUCAGAAGAUUGUCAUUUUCAUUUCCGUCCACAAGAACUCUGUUUUUCAUCAUUUUAAUCUCCUAUUUCUUAGUUUGUGCAGGAAUAAUUUACGAUAUAAUCAUUGAACCGCCAUCAAUUGGAAGUACUGUCGAAAAUGGAUAUUCCAAACCAGUUGCGUUCCUGCCAAACAGAAUAAAUGGACAGUACAUUUUAGAAGGUCUAGCUGCUUCAUUCUUAUUCACUGCUGGAAGUCUUGGCUUCAUAAUUCUGGAUCUUGCAAGUGAAGGAACUCCAAAAAUCAGCAAGCUGCUUCUCACAUUCUUAGGAUUCACAUCAAUUCUCGUAUCAUUUGCCUUAUCUACAUUGUUCAUGAAAAUGAAGUUGCCACAUUAUUUGCGUACUUUUUAG